ACAACCUUCCGAACACACAACCGCCUAACAUUCAGCUGAAUCAGGUACAAUGAUGCGUGCCGGGCGAUUUGCUGUUGUCAUAACUGCACUAUUAGUCUGUUGCAACGCCGAACCACACAGGGAACAAGAUGGGAGCGUAAAUGAACACAGUUCAGAACGCUACGACGCUAAUGAUUAUAGACAAAAAGAAUUCGAUUACCUACUGAGGUUUCUGCUGCAAAAUGAAUAUCGGAAUGGUGACCGUAACUUGAACGGUAUCGGUGGUAGCACUUUGAUGGGAAGAAACAUUAAUGGUGGUCUAGGAGGGAGUACGUUGUUAGGACGGAACGUAAACAGUUAUGAAGCAUUAAAAAGUGGCAAUAGAAAUUUAAAUGGUAUUGAUGUCUCUUCUUUAACUGGUAGAGCUUUGAGGAAAAAUUUAAAUGGAAUCGGUGGCAGUGGAAUGCUGGGUCGUGAUGUAGGGGAAUACAGCGAACUGAGUGCUCGUUUCGUAGAUCCCCUCGGCGGGAGCAACUUCGUUCGCAACUUGGAUUCACUCGGGGGAGGAAAUUUCGUCAGGAAUCUUGAUUCACUAGGUGGAGGGAAUUUCGUCAGGAAUCUCGAUUCACUCGGCGGGGGAAAUUUGGUCAGGAACCUUGAUUCACUAGGCGGGGGGAACUUCGUCAGGAAUCUUGAUUCACUGGGCGGCGGAAAUUUGGUAAGGAAUCUCGAUUCACUGGGUGGAAGUAACUUCGUCAAAAAGAACCUUGAUCAGAUCGGAGGACCUAACCUUGUUAAGAGAAACUUAGAUUCUCUGGGCGGCGGUAACUUCGUUAGAAAUUUGGACCCUCUCGGCGGUGAUAACUUUGUGCGAGCGCUGGAGCUGGGCGAGAGAAACUUUCUUUAAAAUUAUUCAUACAAUUGUUACAGAUUUCUCUCUUGGAUAGUAAAUAGUAAUGGAACAA